AUGGCCACGAUUAAAGAACUAGAGUCAGAGAUUCAUGGACUCCAAUGCCACGAGGAGAGUUUCGGGAAACAAAGGGCCCGUAUCGACUGGCUCAAGGAAGGAGAUCGCAAUACAAAAUUUUUCCAUUCUCGGGCUAAAGCCAGAUUUAGUGCUAAUCGAAUUGAUAAGCUUAAAAACGAUCACUCUCGUCCGACUUUUGAACAGAUUUCAGAGAUGACCGAUAAGGUGGGAGGGUGUAUCUCAUCGGAAGAGGCAUCUUUGCUCGAUAAUCCUUAUACGGAAGAGGAAGUUCUGGCCGCCUUAAAAAGCAUUGGCCCGUAUAAAGCUCCAAGAGUCGACGGGUUCCACGCCAUCUUUUACCAAACUCACUGGGAGCUUAUUAAGCCAGAUCUUCUUCCGGUUAAGAGGGAUAAGUUAACACUGUCCAAACAUCUCGGUGGCUUGGGUUUUCGAGACUUCUCAAAGUUCAAUCAAGCCUUGCUUGGGAAACAACUCAGGAGGGUCCUUUCGAAUCCGGAUUCGCUUGUGACUAGAGUCCUUAAAUCAAAGAUAGCAGCAAGGCUUGAGAGGACAGCGACGAAAGACUCGGUUCUCAUCGGGAUAAGCAUUCCGAUGGGAUCACGGGACAGCAACAAGGGCAGCAGUUGUGCACGUCUAACGCCCCUGCGGUGGUCCGAGCGUCUGCUCAACGGCGAUAGGGGUGGCCUGCGCGAUGGUGGCAGCCUGUCCGGUCGGAGAAACGGGAUUCGCUGGAGCAACUUGACGAGGGCCUGCGAUCGAGCCGCGACGGGGCUUGCUGGUGUACUUAGCGAGCAGCAACUUCUUAACUCGACUCUCAGUACUAUCGGUUUCGUCGCCGGAGGUCACUGUGAAGGUGAUGGACGAUUGCAAUGA